ACGCAACGUUACGUGAUGCCUACCUACGAUUUCGAGUCACGUACUUACAUGUGUGUACGCGGACAACGAUACACAAAAACAAUAUAGAAUAACUACAAUUUAACGGUCGUUAAAUUUUAACUUCAUAAUCAAGUAAAUCUCUUCGACACUAUUACGAUGGACGCUCAGAAACCAGAGAUGGCUCUUACCUUCCAGCAAAUAAUACUCGACGCUGGCAAGCUCGUUAACGAUUUAACCCAGCAGGAGAACACAGCUGAUGUUCUCAUCUGCGAGAUACAAUCCGUGUGCAAUCAAAUUGACAGCAUGAAGCAGUACCAAGAAGAUCUUGAGACUUUGAACUCUCAAGCAAGUAACCAAAAACGCCAAGAAAUCAUCGCUGGCUUUCAAAAGGGAAAUAAUAAUUACUUCAGAGAACUGCGAGCAGAAAAUAAAGAUUUGCGCCUGGCAUUGGAAGAUUAUCAAAAAGCAAUGGAGCAGAUUAUGUCUAAAUACAGACAGCAAACUGCUUACUUUUUAAAGCAAACUAAACAAAAUUAUACUGCCUUACCUAAUUCAUGCCCUGUAAAUAGUCAAAAUAAGUGUUUACAAGUUAUUGCUGCACAAGCGGAUAAAAUCAAUGAGAUGGCUUCAGUUAUGAGAAGAGCAUCAGAAAUGGGUGAAGAAAUGGAAAUGAGUCAUAUAGAAAUGUUAUCACAACUAAAACUAGAAAAUGAAGAACUUCGAGGACUUCUUGAAAUUAGUAACCAGUAUUACCAUCCAAAACUUCAAAAUGAUAUUGACAACAAAAAUGGACACAAAUGUUGCAAAGACAUUCAAACGUGUAGUAAACUAGUGCAAACCGAGCCAAAUAUUGUGGUAAAACAAGACAAUGUUAAUCUCGACCCAUGUGAUACAUCUGAUGCAUCCACAGUGUCUGAACCAGAAUAUCCCAACAAAGAUUACGAGGUAUAUGAUUCCAUAUUUGGAGUAAAGUGGACAAAAGAAGAAAAAGAUGAGGAAUUGAAUAAGGACUUGAAAGAAGAAAAGAAUAAGGAGCAAAAAAAUGAGAUCAAAGAUGAAAUUAAAAGUGAGAUCAAGGAUGAAAUAAAAAGUGAACUAAAAGAUGAAUUAAAAAUUGAGAUCAAAGAUGAAAUGAAAAGUGAAUCCAAGGAGGAAUUACAAGAUAAAAAGGAAGUGUUAGAAAAAGAAUAA